UCAUUACACAAUACCAGGAAACCCAAGAAGUAUUUAAUGUGUUGGAAGACAAACAAGACUCAAACAGGAAAACAAACUCUUGGAGUAAACUGCGGUACCAAAAGGCUUGGAGAUAAUCCUGAGGAUUACACGUAAAUUACCACUUCAGGGGAAUAAUGGGUUUUAUUCUUUUACUCGCUCUGAUCCCAGCAGCCAUCUGCUCAACACAGCUUCCAGUCGACUGCAGUGACUUGUACAACAGAGGUUUUGGUCACAGUGGUGUGUACACCAUCUACCCAGCAGGACCAGUGUCACCUGUCCAGGUCUACUGUGACAUGGGCUGUGAUGAGGAAAGUGGUAAAUGGACUGUGAUUCAGAGUAGAAAAGACGGCACCAUGAACUUUUAUCAUGGAUGGGACCAGUACAGAACUGGAUUUGGACAAGCAUCAGGAGAAUACUGGCUGGGUCUGGAGAACAUCCAUGUCCUUACUCAGAGGAAGAGCUAUGAACUGAAGAUAGACAUGGAGGACUUUGAGGGCCACAAGGCCCACGUCUAUUAUUCCAACUUCUCUGUGGGUUCGGAGCAAGACGGCUACAAGCUUAAACUCAGUGGCUUCAGAGAUGGAGGAGCUGGAGCUUCAUUCACUAGCCAUAAUGGUCUGAAGUUUUCUACAUUUGACAAAGACCAGGACACUCAUGAGAGCAACUGUGCUAAGAUCUACCUGGGAGGAUGGUGGUAUGGAGCAUGUCACGGUGUUAACCCUAACGGCGCUUACUUAUGGGGCAGCUCAAGCUACGGGAUCGGAAUCAAUUGGAAUUCUUGGAAAGGAUAUGAAUAUUCUCUGAAAUCAAUCUCAAUGAAGAUACAACCCAAACAGUGAUGUUAGAUGUCAGAUUAUCACACUUACCACAUGCACUGCCUUUUUUUCUGUGACCAAUGACAAACUAUGAAAGUUCUUUUUUUUAAAAGUUUGUUUUAUUUCUCUUUCUUUUGGGGGAAAGUUGAAAUAACAUUUUUGGGUGAUUUUCUUCAUUUCUUUUUUCCUUUUGGGGAAAAAAAACAUUAUUCUUCGUGGGGGAAAAAUAUCUUUGUGUAUUUCAUUGUGCUAAAUAAGUCAAAUCAAAUCAAAUAUGUAGUGGGUGAUGUAACUCCUUGUUGUGACCACUGGAGGGCAGUGAGCACUUUUUCUUCAGCAUCAAUGCAAAAACCUUGUGUGAUGAAUAAAGAUUUUAUACAUGGA